CCAUCUGGGACCUGACAAGGAUCUUUCUUCCUGAUUUUGUAAUUUCAAUUUUUUUUUUCCUAAAAAAAUCGGAUUUUUAUGUGUUUUGCCGUAAUACUUUUUCCUUAAAAGGGAAGAGAGAAAUGAAAGUACAAAGUGGUUCUUCGGAGUUGUUAAGGCUGCUGCUGAUGCGAUUAUGACGAAUGAAUGAAUUCAUCGUCCUUAUAAAACCCUAGAAAAGCCCAGACACAAUUCCUUUGAUCCGCGAGCUCACACAGAUCCCAAUAGGCUCCAAGAGACAGCGAGAUUGUUUUUUUUUUUGUUUUUUGUUUCUUCUGUCAGGUAAAUGAUCGAACACCUGGAUUGCUUAUGUAAAGUGUAUACGUGUUGUUACUGUGGGGAGUGGAUGCUUUUGCUUGAAGAUAGGGGGAAAGGAUAUGAUGACUAUUUUAACGACUUUGAUGUUAUGGGUUUGAAAAAAAUUGACGUUUCUCCGCCUUCUUGUGCUUCUUUGUUCCUGUUUUUUUGGUUUACUUGUCUAAUUAUUGAUUCUUGCGUUGUGUGAACAGAGGGGAGGAUUCUGUGGCGCGUUUUCGCCAUUUUGGGGCUGAAGGUGUGGAAUGGCUUUGUGAGUUUUCGGAGAUUUUUGAGGGUUUAGCUGAUAAAGGUUCGAACUUUAUUGACUUUGGGUGGUGGGUUUUUAAUGUUUCUUGAAUUCAUUUAAAGGAUCCUUGGAAGGAUUAUAAGGUGCAGCUUUCUUGGGAUCUAGAAAUCCACUGAUUGAAAUCUUUGUUAGAGGGAGUGAUUUCUGGGUUUGGCAUUUUGUUGAUCUUCUGGAAUUCUUGGUCCAUAGUUUAUUCUGACUCUGUGAAUUCCUAUCCAUAAAGUUCUAGAAGAUUGUCUUAUUGUGGAAGAAACAGAAUCAGGAAGAGAAUAUAUAGUUGAAGCCUGAAAUUGCUCAGUUGAGAUAUUGUUUUACAAGGGUCCUUCUAGACAUAUGCUGGGAAUCUGAUACCAAUUGAGGCUUUAAUCUUCAAGAUUUUAUUCAACUGCUUUUGAGUGAUCAUGGAUGAAGCUUCUUGUAACAACAAUGCUUUACCCCCUUUCCUUGCCAAGACAUAUGAAAUGGUGGAUGAUCCCUCCACUAACUCUGUUGUUUCCUGGAGUCUGAACAACAAAAGCUUCAUUGUUUGGAACCCACCAGAAUUCUCUAGGGACCUCUUGCCAAGAUACUUCAAGCACAACAACUUCUCCAGCUUUAUCAGACAGCUGAAUACUUAUGGAUUUAGGAAAGUUGAUCCUGAACAAUGGGAGUUUGCAAAUGAGGGCUUUGUUAGAGGUCAGCCACACCUAUUGAAGAAUAUCCACAGACGCAAACCGGUUCAUAGCCAUUCUACACAGAAUCUUCAUAGUUCUCCCUUGAACGAAUCGGAAAGACAAGGGUACAAGGAUGAUAUCACAAGGUUGAACGGUGAUAAAGAAUCGCUUCUAUUGGAACUGCAAAGACAUAAGCAGGACCACCAGGGACUUGAGUUACAAAUGCAGAGGUUAACGGAGCGUGUGCAGCAUGUGGAACAGGGCCAAAGGAGCAUGCUGUCGUCCUUAGCUCGUACGUUGGAUAAACCGGAGCUAGAAUUAAGUCUCAUGCCUCAAAUGGGACUGCCCGAUAGAAAGAGAAGGCUGCCUGGAAACAAUUACCUUUAUACUGAAACAGGCACGGAGGAGAAUCAAACGAGCACUUCUCAAAUUUUGAUGACUGAAAAUAUGAUUUCAACUUCUCUUGUUACGUUCAACAAGGAGCUGUUAGAUCAAUUAGAGUCUUCUUUGAUCUUCUGGGAGAAUAUAUUACAAGAUGUUGGUCAAACGGUGGUCCAAGAGAGUUCAGCAAUCGAGUUGGAUGAAUCUACAAGCUGUGCAGAUAGCCCUGCCAUUUCGUACACACAACUAAACGAUGAGGUUGAACCCAAGACAUCUGGAAUUGACAUGAACGCCGAGCCUACUGCAAACCCUGUUUUGGAGGUUGCUCCACCAGAAGAGGCAGGGGUUGCCCCUAAUGUACCAACAGGAGUAAACGAUUUAUUCUGGGAACAGUUCCUUACCGAGAAUCCUGGUUCAACAGAUGCCCCAGACGUAUUGUCAGAAAGGAAAAAUCUUGAUGGCAGAAAAAGUGAAAGCAAACCAGUCGACCAAGGGAAGUUUUGGUGGAAUGUUAAAAGUGUAAAUAGCCUUGCUGAACAGUUGGGGCAUCUUACUCCAGCAGAGAGAACCUAACUUGGUAGGUUAUGUAAUAUUCUUUUAGUGAAUAUUAUGUCAUGUUUUACACCUUGUGGCUUGUAUACUAGAGAGAGAUUGUUUCAUCAGGGAAUAGUAUAGAGAACCAUUUAUGCUUUGUCAUGAUGCUUAUAGAGUUUAUGAAUCUUAUACAAUGUCUUUACCAAUACUUCUAGUGUAUGUCCAUGGAUAAUUGAUUACCAUUUCUUUUGGCCAUUAA